CACUACGCCAUCACAAACGCUCGAGAACUCUUCCAAUUUUGUUGCCCAUGCCUCGCCCUCCUUUUUGCCGAUACUCCCAAUACCAAGGGACAUACCACUGCUCACAUUUCCAGCGCCAAAGUAUUCGACGCUCCAGCUCUGCAGUUCCUCAAGGGCAGAGCAGAGCACCUCGACUACUCGAAUUUUUUCCGGUAUAUUCGUAAGUUUCGCACCGCCUUGAGACCACACUUCCUGUGGUACAUGCAGCCGUCUAGUCACGUACCCACCAGUUUUAGAGACCAUAGUCUGCCUGAGCAGGUUCAUCAUAUGAUACGGUUUCCGAAGUGGAUCUGAAGGCGCUGAAGGGGGCAGCGGAGACAUCGGAGCAGUGGUGGUGGUGAGAGAAGCGCCGUGUUAAUCUUUAUUUGGGGAGCACCCGGGCCUAGCUUUGAAGGUAUCGAGACUUUCCGUGGUUGUCCCGUAGGUUGAGCAUUAUUAGCACCAGCACUCUGAGGAGGGAAAGGAUAGGUUGCCGCAGAUGGUCGCCGACCUGGUUGUGAGACUGCUCUACUUCGAUUAUUGGACAUGCCUAAGCUGGACACAGUACUAGCAGGCAGCGAGGAUGCCGUCAGUUUAGACAAGGACACUUCUGAAUCUGUCGGUGAAGUGCCAGUAGCCGAUGGUGGCGGUGCAGAUGUCUUAUUGCGUCUCUGGAAAAUGGUCCCCAUUGUAGUCGAGUUAUUAAUUAAUGGCUGGUGAUUCGUCGGAAUUACGGCAGAA